AAUUAUAGUAGAAAAGAAACCCUUCCCCGCUCGCAGCCCGUACUGUGGCAGAGAAACGCAGCAGCUCUUAGUGGUGUUACAUUGCAGAAGUAGGCAUCGCUUAGCUACAAGAGGAGGAAGAAGAAGAAGAAGAAGAUCAUUAUAUAGCUGCGCCAAUCAUUUUCUGCUCGACAUGUUGCACAGUAAAACCUUCAGUAAGAAGACUCGAGGAGGCAAAGUUCAAAAGCUCGUAAGAGAAGUAUAUCUAAGAGAUGACAUUUAUUGUGGAGCUUCAUUUUGUAAAGUAUGCGAUACCUCUGCUGCUCGCUUCACUGCUUCUGCUUCAACUAUCCUCGUUCUUGACACUAAUGUUGUUCUCAAUCAGAUUGAUUUGCUUGAGAAUCCCGCUAUUGAAGACGUGGUUGUGUUAUCAGUUGUACUGCAAGAGGUUAAGAACAAGAAUACUGCUGUUUAUAAUAGAAUUCGUGCCCUCUGCAGCAAUCCUGCUAGGAAAUUUUUUGUUUUCUCCAAUGAAUUCCACAGGGAUACAUAUGUUCAGAACAUGACUGGAGAAAGCCCCAACGAUCGGAAUGAUAGAGCAAUUAGGGUUGCUACCAGAUGGUAUCAGAGUCAUCUUGGAGAUGCAGUCAAGGUUCUACUUAUCACUAAUGAUAGGGAGAAUAAGAAGAAGGCUACUGAAGAGGGAGUUUCUGCAGAGACGAUUGAGUCUUAUGUGAAAUCAUUGGGUCAACCAGCUUUGCUUGACCUCCUUGCUCAGCCUGCUUCUGAAGAUAUAAUCAUGGAGGAAGUUGAAGAUUUGAGACCUUCAAAGAGGAAGGUUGUUUAUCCCGAGCAUAAGCCCAUGUCCGAGAUUACUGCUGGUUUGACCAGCGGAAUAUAUCAUCAGGGAAAACUCCGUGUUAAUCGUUAUAAUCCAUUUGAAGCAUAUGUUGGAAGUGAGAGCAUCGGUGAUGAAAUAGUCGUUUAUGGGCGUGGAAAUAUGAAUAGGGCUUUCGAUGGCGAUAUAGUGGCAGUGGAAAUUCUUCCCCAAGACCAGUGGCGUGAGGAUGAAUCUUUGUCUAUAGCAGAUGAAGAUGAUGAUAAUGAAGAAGUUCAUCUAGUUCCAAGCAGUGCAGAUGAUGCCCCUAGAACUACAAACUCAGUAUCAGGUUCUGCUAGCGACACAAAUCCUAUCUCCGGUCGUCCAUGUGGUCGUGUUAUUGGCAUCAUUAAGCGUAAUUGGCAUUCUUAUUGUGGAUCUUUGGAGCCAAUGCCUAUGCCAGCAGGAAGUGGUGGUCUUGUCUAUGCUCUAUUUGUCUCCAAAGAUCGAAGAAUUCCUAAGAUUCGAAUCCAAACCCGACAGCUUGAAAAUCUUCUGGACAAAAGAAUUAUUGUGGCGGUUGAUUCUUGGGACCGUCAGUCACGGUAUCCUUCUGGUCAUUAUGUACGAAGUAUAGGAGAGAUAGGUGAUAGAGAUACUGAAACUGAGGUCGUCUUGAUAGAGAAUGAUAUAGAUGCAAGACCAUUUUCUGCUCAAGUUUUGGCAUGCUUGCCACCAUUACCAUGGUCAGUUUCUGAACAAGAUUUGGUGAAUCCUAUUAGGACAGACCUACGGCAUUUGCGUGUCUUUAGUGUUGAUCCUCCAGGAUGCAAGGAUAUUGAUGAUGCACUACACUGUAUGAUGCUUCCAAAUGGAAAUUUUGAAGUUGGAGUCCAUAUUGCUGAUGUGACAAACUUUGUUCAUCCGGGCACUCCGCUUGAUGAUGAGGCUACUCAAAGAGGCACAUCUGUGUACCUUGUUGAGCGUCGUAUUGACAUGCUUCCAAAACCACUAACAGAAGAUAUAUGCUCUCUUCGAGCUGACGUGGAAAGGCUAGCGUUUUCUGUAAUUUGGGAAAUGACCCCGGAGGCGGAGAUUAUUUCUACAAGAUACAUAAAAAGUGUCAUCAAAUCUUGUGCAGCAUUAUCUUACGUUGAAGCACAGGCUAGGAUGGAUGACAGCCGAUUGAUGGAUCCAGUAACUAAAGAUUUGAGAAAUAUGAACACUUUGGCAAAGACAAUGAGGCAGAGGAGAAUUGAGAGAGGCGCACUAACCCUUGCAUCUGCUGAAGUCAAGUUCCAGAUUGAUACGGAAACUCAUGAUCCUCUUGACAUUGGUAUGUAUCAGAUUCGAGAAGCAAACCAAAUGGUUGAGGAGUUUAUGCUUGCUGCUAAUGUUUCUGUAGCCGAACAAAUUCUUAAACAUUUUCCAGGGUGUUCACUAUUAAGGCGUCAUCCUACUCCAACCAAGGAUAUGCUUGAACCUUUGCUGCGUACUGCUGCUUCUGUUGGUCUGAACUUAGAUAUCUCAUCAUCAAAAGCACUAGCAGAUUCACUUGACCAUGCUGUGAGUGAUGAUCCGUAUUUCAACAAACUUAUCCGUAUAAUGGCAACGAGAUGUAUGACACAGGCAGUGUAUUUUUGUAGUGGGGAUCUCAGCCCCCCAGAGUUUCAUCAUUAUGGUCUUGCAGCACCUCUAUAUACUCAUUUCACAUCACCUAUUAGAAGAUAUGCUGAUGUCAUUGUUCAUAGGUUGCUUGCUGCGUCUUUAGAGAUAUACAAACUUCCAACAAUAUUCAGAGACAGACCGCAGCAAACUAGUAUUGCUGACAACUUAAAUUACCGGCAUAGGAAUGCUCAGAUGGCAAGUCGAGGCUCUGUAGAGCUUCAUACUCUCAUAUACUUCAGAAAAAGGCCCAUAGACACAGAGGCCAGAAUAGUGAAGAUAAGGUCCAACGGCUUCAUAGUAUUUGUGCCCAAGUAUGGUAUAGAAGGACCAGUGUACUUGACACCAAGGGGCGAGAAAGGAGGUGGGGAAUGGUUUGUGGAUGAGCAGCAACAAAAAAUCAAGAAGAUGGAUGGGAGUCUUUCUUAUGGUAUUUUGCAGGCAGUUAAAAUUCACUUGGAGGUUGUGGAGCCUCAGCCUAACCGGCCUAAACUCCAACUUACGCUUCUAUAAAUUGUGUGUAGCUUGAUCUCUCUGCAGAAGAAAUCUUAUUUUGAUUCCGUUAAACUUAUCACACUGCUUUAGUUUGAAUUUCUGAGGGUAGGAUAGGGUUUGCCAAUUCUGUAACAUAAUAUAUUUUCUUAUAUUAAUUUUUAAUGUUUAACGAGUACGGUAAUA